AUGGCUGAAGAUACACCCCCUAAAGCCGGGAGCUUCAUCAACAAGCUCAAGAAAGUUUUUGGAUACUUCACAAUCUAUGUGCAAGUCAAUCCAACCAAGUUCGACAUCCUACUCCUGAUCACCGGUCUCAUCUUCGCCAUUGCAUCCGGAGUCCCCUUUCCACUGCUGGGUAUCAUCUUCGGCCAACUGAUUGAUGACUUCAACUCCGAGAGCUGUACCGCCAAAGCAGACUACAGCCCCGAAAUUCAGGCGUCAUACCAGUCUGAAGUCAACAGCAAGAUCCUCUAUGUUCUCUACCUCGCCAUCGCCCAAUUUGGGUUCAUGUACAUCCAGCUCGUAUGUUGGUCUCUCGGAGGUGCGCGACUAGCGCAGCGGCUGCGCGAGCAGUACUUCCGCAGCAUGUUGCGCCAAGAGCCUUCUUUCUUCGACGAUUUGCCUUCCGGUGAAGUCUCUUCGAGGCUGAAUGGUGAUAUCUCGACUAUUCGCUCUGGAACUUCGGAGAAAGUGGGAAUUUGUAUCUCGAGCGUUUCGUUCUUUGUGACGUCUUACGUGGUCGCAUUCAUUAAAGAUGCAAAGUUGGCGGGAAUUCUGGUCUCGCUGGUCCCUGCUUACUUUAUAAUGUCUCUCGUUGGAGGCUGGUUCAUCGAAAAGUAUUCCGGUACCAUGUCUGAUUGCUUUGCUGCUGCUUCAUCUGUUGCAUCGGAAGGAUUGUCCAACGUGUCUGUUGUGCAUGCUUUCAAUGCUAAUCAGCGUCUGGAGUCCAAAUUCGAGGGCCAUUUACGCAUGGCGCGCAAUGAGGGUCUGAAGAAAGCUCUGGCCACUGGUGUGCAGGCCGGUUUCAUGUAUUUCAUUGCAUAUGCUGCUAAUGCUCUGGCAUUCUGGCAGGGUAGCCGAACAAUUGCAAACUCCGUUGCUAAUGGCGGCGGUGGUGCAUCUGUUGGUUCUAUUUUCACAGUGAUCUUCGUCCUAGUGGAUGCAACCCUUGUUCUCAGCCAGGUUGCUCCAUUCUUGCAGAUUUUCGGCGCCGCCUCGGCUGCUUUCGCAAAGCUGCAGAGGGACAUGCACCAUCGAUCCGCCAUUAAUGGGAUGUCCGACACCGGGCUAGCCUUACCCUCUUCAACGGCUGGGCACUUUGAGCUCCGAGAUGUCUCCUUCACGUAUCCUUCACGUCCCGAACAGCAAGUUCUUCGCAAUGUUUCCUUGGAAUGUCCUCCAGGAAAGCAGACCGCUAUUAUUGGAUUGUCUGGUAGUGGCAAGUCAACCGUUGCUAGCUUGAUGCUUCGACUGUAUGAUCCUGUUGAGGGGUCAGUUCUAUUGGAUGGUCAAGACGUCCGCGACCUGAAUACGCGGCAACUCCGCAGCUGCAUUGGAAUGGUCCAGCAGGAAGCGACGCUCCUUGACCGGUCAAUCCUGGAGAACAUUGCCCAUGGUCUUGUGAAUUCGGCUUCUCCCGAGCAUGAGGCUCUCCAUUCAGUGCUGAUUGGGGGAAAGCUCGGCGAGGUGGCCACCGCGAUCAGAGAGGGACAGGACGAGAUCAAGGCAGCUGAGGCCCAUGGUCCGGAGGUUGUGAAGAUCAUCGAAAUGGUCCAGCACGCAGCUGAAUUGGCGGACGCUGCUCGAUUUAUCGGUCAGCUCUCUGAGGGCCUUGGAACUAUGGUGGGUUCCAACGGUACCUUGCUGAGCGGUGGUCAAAAGCAAAGAAUUGCAGUGGCGCGCGCGUUAGUCAAAGAUCCCAAGGUGCUGAUUCUCGAUGAAGCUACGGCAUCGCUCGACUCAAGAAGUGAGAAGGAGAUUCUUGAUGCGGUUGGACGAUGCUCCGAAGGCAGAACUAUGAUCUCAAUUGCCCAUCGCCUUUCGACAAUCAAGAAGGCUGACAAGAUUAUCGUGAUGCGCGAUGGGGGUGUUGUUGAAGAAGGCAACCAUUCCGAGCUCAUGGCCAAACAAGGGGCUUAUGCUGGCCUCGUCGAACUACAGAAUCUCAACACCGACUCUAACCCUUCGGGCCAAAAUGCCGAGAGCUCUUCGGUUGACAUCACGCAGAGUGAGAAGGAAAGUGAGAAUGAAAAAACCCCAGAGGUCGUCAAGAGCAAGGAAGUUGUCAUCGACACAACUGAAAAGCCCCUGGACUCGCCCUCCAACGCGCCGGCAAAGAAGACUCUUUGGUACUUGACCAAGGGUAUGCUGCCAAUCAUGCGCCCUUAUCUACUCAUUGCCCUUAUUGCCCUCAUUGGUGCCAGUAUCGUCGGCGCUGCUUUCUCUGCUGAAGCUGUGAUCUUCGGUAACACAGUGGGUAGUCUGACACCCUGUGAGACACCCGAAUACAUCCGCUCGCGAGGUAACUUCUUUGGCUUGAUGUUCUUCAUUCUGGCGAUUAUUGAAUUCUUUGCCAAUAUCGUCAGUUGGGUUGGAUUCGGAUGGGUUUCUGAAAAGUCCAUCUACAACGUUCGUGUGCUUCUCUUCCGAUCUCUGUUUGAACAAGACCUACAAUGGCACCAGUCUGCUGGUCGUAACCCGACAGGCCUCUUGGGUUAUAUCACCAACGAUGGUAACCUCAUUGCUGGUCUCAGUGGAUCGGUGAUUGGGACGAUUUUCUCGAUUUGUAUCAACCUUGUCGUUGCUGUGGUCUUGUCCCUGUGCAUCGCAUGGAAGAUCGCCUUGGUCUGCAUCGCCGUCGUCCCGCUAUUGCUCGGUACUGGUGUUGUUCAACUACACGUUCUUGGUCAGUUCGAAGAGCGACACGAAAAUGCAUUCAAUCAAUCCGUGAGCAUAAGUGUCGAGGCGAUCAACUCUAUCAAGACCAUCGCCUCGCUGUCCUUGGAAGAAGAGACAAUGGCUGCUUUUAGACGGACCCUCAAUGGACCACGCCGCGAGACUACAAUGGUUAGUUUACACGCAAACCUCUGGUUGGGCCUUGCCUAUUUCUUGGGUAACCUCUCAUACGCCCUUGCGUUCUGGUGGGGAUCCAAGCAAAUUUUCAAUGGCACCUAUAGCGAGACCCAAUUCAUCAUUGUGAUGUUUGCCUUGCUAGUCAGCGCACAGCUAUGGAGUCAAAUGUUUGCUCUGGCUCCGGAGGUAUCAAACGCCCGCGCUGCAGUAUCACGAGUUCUUGCAAUUCUCGAAAUUGGAUCCGCGGGCACCAAGUACAAGGCAGUUGAGACCUCGAGUGAGAAGGAUCCUGAAGCCACUGCACCGACAAAGUCUGUGGCGCCAGCCACCCAAGGCGGAGUUGACGUUGAAUUCCGCGAUGUCAAAUUCUCCUAUCCAGCACGCGCUCAUAUCCCAGUGCUUCGUGGUCUGAACGUCCAUGUUCGCCCAGGUCAAUUCUGCGCUCUGGUCGGACCCUCUGGAGCGGGCAAAUCAACCAUCAUCUCCCUUGUCGAGCGAAUGUAUCUACCAACUUCGGGCGAGAUUCUCGUCGACGGGACAGACAUCACCAAGCGCGAAGACAUCUCUUUCCGCGAUCAUAUUGCCCUGGUGCCCCAGGAAGGCGUGUUAUUCGAAGGCAGUGUCCGCUUCAAUGUAUCUCUCGGAGCCCGCCCAGGAACAGAAGUAUCCGAUGCUGAGAUUGAGGACGCUUGCAAGUUAGCCAACAUUCACGAAACUAUCAUCAACCUUCCUGACGGUUAUGACACGCUUUGUGGUGCAAAUGGAAGCAAACUUUCCGGCGGGCAGAAGCAGAGAUUGGCCAUCGCUCGAGCUCUUGUGCGAAAGCCUCGAUUGCUGGUGCUUGACGAGCCUACUAGUGCGCUUGACGCAGAGUCGGAGAAGCUCUUGCAACAGGGGCUUGAAGUUGCGUCCAAGGGCAUUAGUGUUCUGGCGAUUGCGCAUAGAUUAAACACUAUCCGCAAGGCGGACACGAUUUAUAUGAUCGAGGCCGGUGUGUGCGUUGAUGCGGGAACGCACGAGGAAUUGUUCAAACGCUCUGAGAGCUAUCGAACUAAUGUGCUCAGUCAGAGCUUUGGAGGGGAGUGA